AUGGCGGCGCCGGCGAGGUCGCCCGCGGGGUGGGACGUUAGCCGCGGCUUGGAGAACCUGCCUGUGGGCCUGUGGUCGCAGCGGGGGGAGCAGGAGCCGGGCCCGCUCCAGUAUACUCCUGAGCAUGUGAUGGGACCUGGAGCAGACAUUGAUCCUACUGAAAUAGCCUUUCCAGGAUGCCUCUGCCGUACGACUUCCUGCCUCCCUAGUGAUUGCUCCUGCCUUCCUCGAGGCCUGAAUUACGAUCACUCUUGUCUCAAAGAUAUGGGAAGUGAAAACAGCUACGGCAGGCCCAUUUAUGAGUGCAACGUCAUGUGCCGGUGCAGCGAAGAGUGCAAAAACCGAGUGGUUCAGAAGGGCCUGCAGUUCCACCUUGAGGUGUUCAAAACCGAUAAAAAAGGCUGGGGGCUUCGGACUCUGGAAUCCAUACCGAAAGGAAGAUUCGUUUGUGAAUAUGCUGGAGAAAUUCUAGGGUUUUCUGAGGCCUGUAGAAGAAUGAAGUUACAAACCACAGAUGAUUCCAACUACAUUCUUGCAGUCAGGGAACACCUGCAUAGCGGACAGGUCAUAGAAACAUUCGUGGAUCCCACCUGGAUAGGUAACGUGGGCCGAUUCCUCAACCAUUCCUGUGAACCAAACUUACUCAUGGUCCCCGUCCGAAUUGAUUCGCUGGUGCCUAAAUUGGCACUUUUUGCAACUCAAGACAUCUUGCCCGGGGAAGAACUCGCUUAUGACUAUUCAGGAAGAUUUCACAAUCGGGUGGAGAGCCAUGGAGAUCAAGACGCGCUAUACAAAGACAAAGCAAACAAACCUUGUUACUGCGGGACUAAAUCUUGUGCCAUUUUCCUGCCUUAUGAUAGUUCUCUUUACUGUCCCUUAGAAAACAAAAGUACUAAUUAAAGGAUUUGUUACCAGGCUGACA